GAGAUGAAGAUUCGCGUGGUCCAGAUCUGGGGCUUCCUGAUGACCGUGUUGGGAUGGAUCUUCGUGGCCUGCACCAUGGCCAUGGAGGGCUGGAAGAUCACCUCAAUCGGGGGCAUGGGGGGCUCUUCCAUCAUCAAGGUGGCCUGGUACUGGUCCAGCCUGUGGAGAUCCUGUUUUACAGACUCGACCGCUGUCAGCAACUGUUACGACUACCCCAUGCUCUGGUCCGUUGAGGGCUCCAUCCAGAUCGUGCGAGGCCUGCUGAUGACAGCUCUUUCCCUGGGCAUGCUGGGCUUUGUGCUCAGCCUGCUGGGGAUGGAGUGCACCUUCAUCGGGGGAAAGGACAGAUCAAAGUACAAGAAGAUCUACGCUGGUGGAUGGUGCCACAUUAUCAGCGGUCUGCUGUCCAUAUCAGGGUACAGUGUUUAUGCACAGUACGUCUCCGUAGAGUACUUCAACCCCGACUUUGACGGACUGAAGUUCGACCUCGGCACCCCGAUCUUCCUCGGCUUGGUCGGCUCAUGCUUCCACAUGACUGGCGGCUUCUUCUAUCUGUGGUCGGUGUGUAAGCCACUCUGUGGGGGAGAGGUCACGAUAAUCAAUGUCCAGCCACUACCAGACCCCAAGCAAACCAAGUCCACCACAGCUCUGUCCACAGUGUCCGGCAUCACCUCCAAGACCAAAGUUUCGUCCAUUUCCGAGCUGUCGUCCAGGUCUGAGCGCUCAGACGUGUCCGGCAUUUCCUCGACAUCGGAACGCACAUCAAGAUCCGGACGCACAGCCAAGUCGGGGCGGUCGUCGAGGACUGGGCAAACCACCAGGUCUGCGGGGUCUGCGGGGUCCAGGUCUGGAUCAAGCUCGGGGUCAGGGUCAGAGUCCGGCCUCUCGUCAAGGUCGAGUGUAUCAACUUUGUCUGGAUCAAGGAGCAGCGGCAGCAGCCGGACGGUGUCAUCAUUGUCGGGCAGUUCGAGGAGUGAGAAAAUGCCGUUCAUCAGAAACUCCUAUAUUUGA